AUGAAAAGAAUUGAGAUAUUAAAGACAAGCAGUCCAAGCAGUAUGUUGGAGACAAGCACUAAAAUACUUAUUUUUGCAUUAGCAAUAUCUGUAGUUAUUAAUAUUGUUUUAAUAAGUAUUGAUAUACAUUUUUCAGAUAAAGAAGAUAAGGGUGUUCGGUAUUUCUGCUCAGAUAAUUGGAUUGGUUUCCAAGAUAAAUGCUACUAUUUUUCUGAAGAAGAACAAGAUUGGAAUUCAAGUAGAUACAACUGUUUGUCUCAAAAUGCUAACCUAGUUUUGAUUACCACUACAAAAGAAAAACAUUUUCUUAAGCGGUUCAAGUGCACUUCUGAUCACUGGAUUUGGCGAGACAUGACAGAAAAUCUAACGGGACAAUGGGUGGAUGAAAACAUAUUUAACAAAGGGAUUAAUAUGACAGGGAAUGAAAUAUGUUUUUACCUUAAUGAAGAUGGUGUUGCAACAGCUAGAUGCUACACGGAGAGGAAAUGGAUUUGCAGGAAAAAAGUGCCCUAA